GUACACUGUGUAUCAUUUUUCAUUUUCUAUUUUACAAGUGUUAUUCCAGCUCCCCUGUUUUUCAUACCUUCUAGGGUUUCUGAAUGCAGUUGUAAAUGGAACAAACACCAGCCAACAAUCCAAUGAUCGGCGACAACACCGACGACGAAUCCUCUCCGAUGACUAUCCUGGACGCUUCCAGCUAUCAGCUCCACGAUCUCGACUCAAUCGAGUUCCCUCCGAGCCUCAUCGAGAUCGAUUUAACCGCCAAUCGUUUAAACAAGCUGGAUUCACGUAUUUCUAAUUUACCUAAUCUCAAAAAACUCUCUCUUCGUCAGAAUCUGUUCGAUGAUGCCGGUGUUGAACCGAUUUCGCACUGGAACACCAUUUCCGACCUCGAGGAGUUAGUUCUCAGGGAUAACCAGCUGAAGAAUAUUCCAGAUGUUAGCAUAUUUAAAAAGCUUUUGGUAUUUGAUGUUUCUUUUAACGAAAUUUCAUCAAUGAGUGGAUUAUCCAAGGCAUCAAACACACUCAAGGAACUCUAUGUCUCAAAAAAUGAAGUUGCCAAAAUUGAGGAGAUUGAGCACUUCCAUGACCUGCAAAUUCUUGAACUUGGUUCCAACAGAUUACGGGUGAUGGAGAACAUGCAGAACUUGACAAACUUACAAGAGCUAUGGUUAGGUCGUAAUCGUAUAAAAUCCAUCAACUUAUGUGGACUAAAGUGUAUUAAGAAGCUCAGUUUGCAGAGCAAUCGGCUAAUUUCUAUGAAAGGAUUGGAGGAAUGUACAUCUUUAGAAGAACUAUACUUGAGCCAUAAUGGUAUUUCAAAAAUGGAAGGGCUGUCAACCUUGGUCAACCUUAGGGUUUUGGAUGUAUCUUCAAAUAAGCUUGCUGCAAUCGAGGACAUUGAGAAACUAACAUGCUUAGAAGAUCUAUGGUUCAAUGACAACCAACUAGCGUCAUUAGAUGGCGUGUCUGAGGCGGUUGCUGGUUCUAGAGAGAAGCUUACCACCCUCUACCUUGAACACAAUCCAUGUGCCAAGUUACCAGACUACAUGACUACUUUAAGACAAAUCUUCCCAAAUAUUGAGCAAAUCGAUUCGGAAAUGUUCGCUUAAAGAUUAGAAGCUUUCAGGAACGCGAUUAUCAUCAUGCUGAAAGUUUCUCAUUGAAAUCCUUCAGAAACUUGUUGACUUUUGAUGAAUGAUUUCCCCUGAUCAGUUUGUAUAAUUCCUGUGGAAUCAUACGUAGAAAAGUGCAAUGGCGUCAUCUUUUUAUAAAUUAAACAAACUAUUCAAGUUUGAUCAAACCACUUUUCAAACAAUUGUCACUUGAUACCAGGUCUUUUUGCAGCAAACCAAAUGUGUGCUUGUGAAGCUUUAGUGAGUUAUGGUCUUCGUUGUUUCGAAAAACAUUAAUAUUAUAUCACAAAGAAUGUUAUGGUUUGUA